AUGUUUUGGUCCUCGGCGCCCCAGCACAUGGAGCGACACAGGCGAUGUCGGGGCCUGGCCCAAACAGGUCGCCUGAUCUGCAUCAGCACGGCGAUCAUUAUCUGCUGGGUGAUGCUGCAAGAUGCCGCGGGGGGUACCUGCAUGCAACCAGCAAUGGAGGUACUCGAGUCCGGGGUCCACGUUGCGGCCAAGCAAUCUGCGGAGGCUCUGCGGACAGAUGAGCCGCUAUUGCAUCACCAAGGAUCCCAGGAUACCGCUGCGGCGACCCGGCCCUGGCUGGGCGAACGAAGCCUCAUGUCUGAAGAUGCCGGUCCGCCGCCAAGUGACUCCGACCCGCAGUCGCACCCGUAUGCGACCGUCCCGACAUCACCCAAUGAGUCCUGCAGGCUCUGCAUCAAGAUUGAGGUUGUGCCGCCCGCAGUUGAAAUGGUGGGAUUCCAGCUGAAACUGGAUGAGGAGCGAUGCGCGCAGGCGGCAUCCAACAUCGCGACAGCAAUGGGCAACAUAAAGGGCAUCGGGCUCCGGAACUACAACAGCACCGAUGUCCUUAAAAAGCCAUUCAAGCUGAAGGCGUGUGAUCCUGGCGAUACGGCUGCUACAGGCGCCCGCAUGCAUCCCUACAUGACUGUGUGCGGUGCAUACUUCCGGCGACCACACGUCAUCGAAGCUGUUUCAAAGCGACUGGCAAACGGACUACUCCAGCGCUUCGUUGACGAAUUGCUGCCUGAGUGGUGCCCGCCGCGAUCUGCGGCCCCGUACAACUUCACCGCUUCCGUUGUUGCGCCGCGGCAGGAAGAGCGGUCAUGCUUCUACAGCUUCCAGCGCCGGAGCUCUUGCAUCUCCCGCAGUCCCCAAGCCCCUAAGCAACCCCUUAUUUGGCGCCCGCGUCAGCCACCUAACCGUCCACCGCGACCCCCGAGCCCAGAGCCAGACUUCUUUUACCAGCCGCCGCCGCCGCCCUCGCCGCCACCUUCACCCCCCGGUCCGCCGCCAUCACCGCGACCCCCUGCUCCACGACCUCCCUCUCCUCCGCCUCCGCCACCACCACCCAGGCCGCCGCCUCCAUGGCCGUACCCGCCACCGCCGUAUGUCGACCUUGUCUGCAUCCGUCUGGCAUAUGACGGCCUUAAACUCCUCAACGAGAGUACCACAUGCGGCGGGGAGUCUGGAGCCUGCCUGUGGAACCUUAUGUACACCGUUUUUAACCACGGCAUUUACGCGCUCAAUACAAGAGGGAUCGCACACACUUGGACAAACCGCUACUGUGGGGACAAUGAUAUUGUCCUUUGCAGUCCCAUCUUCGUCAACGACACAAGUCGUGCGCUAGACGCACUCAGCCUCGCCCUGCCGAAGAUUUUUGACGACAUCUUCCCCCCGGGACGCAGGUUCAGCUGCUUUGAGCCCGGCAGCAACCCGAAUGCGGAUGCGACGCAAUGGCGGUUGCUGCUCGGGUGCCUCAGGCCUGACAGUCCCACUAUCCCUUUCAAAGUGACCGGCGUACAGGUGGUGCAAGACCUGGCGUUGCCAAGGGGACUGCAGACACCGCCACCGGCAUGCUUCUCCAUCGAUCUCAAACCACUCCCAACAGAGCCACUUCAGCCCCGGAACGAUGGCUGUUCGAAUACCACACAGCUCCGGGGCCUUAUCCUGAUGGUGGACCCCUCCGUCAAGGCGAGAGACAGUAUGUAUAUCAUCUACCGGAGUGCAUGGGUCGACCGACCGGCUGACAACUCCUACGAUUCCCUGCUUUGGAAUCAGCUGCCGUGGAAUGUCAGCGCACCUGGGUACUUGUCUGUGCUUCAGGACACUCCGUCAGAUUGGGGGCUGCUGCAGUCCGUCGUCGUAAACGCCGCCAACGGCAACAACCUGCCCGUGGACUGGUCACAGCGGAUGUGCACUUCCAGUGAUGUCAUGUUCUGCACCGACAUCGCAACCGACGAGUUUUCAAGACUGGCAAACGUGUUGAGCGGUGUCAUGCCCCAAGUCCUCAAAGCGCUAUGUGAUCGUGCCGGAACCCAGCUGGCGUACUACAAAAGCGUACGGCUGUGGUACGGCGGUAAUCCGUUGGUUGGUGCUCAGCAGAUUGAAAGGCUGGAUUUCGGUAACUGUCUCGCGCAGCCGCCGCCAUCGUUGAUGUCGCCCCCUCCCCGGCCUCUGGUCCCCCUGCCGUGCGUGUACGGCUCCAACGCGUCAUCGGUUGGACCGCUGAGGCUGCGUCGGGAAGUGCAGAUUGAGUCCAACAUCUCCAUUCAGGGAGUAGCCCUGGGGCGAUCUAUUCCCUGCUUCGCGCUGGAGGUGGCAUCAAACAGCAGCACAACCCCGCCCAAUGCCUGCAACGCCAACCGACUGACCGGCCUCAUAUUCCGGGCCAGUGACACCGCGAAAUCAGCCCUCAAAAGCAUAAUCUUCCGUACAGCGCUGGGGGACAGGCAAGCAGCUGCCGUACCCCCAUGGAACACCCUGCCAGGCAGCAGCAGCAGCAGUAGCAACAUCACUGUCCUCAACACGCUGGCUGUUUCCGAAGCAUUCAUCAAGGAAUUCCCCCCCUUGUGGACGGUGGACCAGGUCCGGAGCCAGUCAGCUGUGGGACGAGCUCGCGUGUGUUUGGACAUCGAACCAAAACUGCUCCGUGACUUCUGCAUGGGCGAUACUUGUACCGUACACCUGUACUACAGCGCGUCGUGCUGCCCGGCGGAUUCAGCCGUCGCGCCAGCUGUUUGA